AUGGGACACUCUGAGAUUGCAUGCCAGAUCUGCGGCGUGAGUUUUGCCCUCGCUCGCAUUCGCACCCCGCAAGAGCCACCGACCGCUGCUUGGAGUAACCAUGGGACGACUGAUGGCGGGUAUGUCUGGUCUUGGGCGCCUGAGGAGGAUGAUUUCGAUGACGAAAAAUCCGACGGAAAUGUAGCCGGGGGCUGCAUGAUUGCUGUCCGAGCGGACCGGGACCACGAGGAUGGAGAUCUGCUUGCACUCAGCCAGCAUCCUGAAGAAGAGAUGUAUUUGGAAGACAUGCACGGCAUUCCAAAGCAUGACAGGGCCAAGAUUUUAAAACGACUUCGCGAUCUCGAGGGUAAAUACUGCUUAGAACACGUCGCAGGCCCAGAAUGUGGCAACGGGGACGGGUACCACGGAAACAGGAUCUCUGUUGAAGAAAUGAGAACCUGUUCUACAAUGCAGGGGCUGGUCAAAAAACCUUCCGAUUGGGAGCCCGAGGACGGGGACGAGGACUUUGAGAGAUCGGAGGGAUACUUCCUCAGUGGCUUGGUUGACUCUGUAACAACCGUCGACAGUCUGUACUACGAAUCAAGUCAUCCAAAAAGACACGGAUGCGACAACAUACUCCCUACUAUGUGGUAUCGGGAUAUAGUGAAUGAUACCUUUCAUAUGGACUUCUAUUCCAUCGCAAUUCAUCCCGCCUGUCUGGAAACCUUUAAGCGAGCCACCCUCCAUCGAUAUGACCGUGUCGACGUCGGGGCGUUUAUACAGUGGUGGGAGAUGGAUAGUGAUGGAAAGUCACUCAGUCGAAUCGAAGAUGAUGCAGAUGUGAGAGCAGGCCGCUCUCAAUGGUGGCAGCAUAUCCAAGGAUCAGAAUAUCUCGCCGCAAAUCCUUGCUUUGUGCCAAACCUGGAUAAAGCCUUCUUGCCAUUGGCUCCUCAGUCUGCUAGUCCCGCUGGGCAUGAGGAAAUAUUCUCCAGUCUGCCCUCGGAAAUUCGCGGCUUGAUAUUCAAUCAUCUAAGUCUGGAAGAUAUAUCGAAUCUUCUCCUAGCAUCUCCCCUGUUGAACCGCUGUUCUCAGGAUGACUUACGACGUCGGCUCAUUCUGGAAUGGCCAUGGCUUUGGGAAGCUUGGUCCAAGCUGGAAUACUCUGCGUGGGUAGGGCCGACAGCGCGAGAUUUACGGGAAUCAGUUAAGCCUCCUGGAAAACAAGUUGUGAUAUCGGACACAGAUGCGGUGAACUGGGGCUCAGCCUUCAGAUGGAUAUCGAGGCAGAGGUCCAAUGACGAGCUGAAGGGAUUGAGAAACCGCCAAAGAAUUUGGAAAAGAUCUGGGGAGAUUCUGGAUAGAAUCGACCAGCUCCGAAAAUACGAGGAACUAGCUAAAGAUGCUUCUGUGCUAUCUAUUAGUCAGGGUCGCUAA